AUGCCCGAUGAGCGAAAGCUAUAUAAAUAUGCAACAUAUUUGAGCAAGUGUUCACGUGAGGCAAUCGAUUACGGGAAGUGUGUUGGGGAGAAAGCUGAAAAAGUGACUCAUUUGAUGUGUCAACGUGAAUUUACAUUGCUGCUAAAUUGUGUGAAGAAACAGUAUAACUCAAAAGUUGAAAUUUAG